AUGCGGUCGCUCUCGCGGGGUGGUGGGCGGGGGCAGUCUGUUGCGCUCUGUAGGGUCCGCUCGCUGCCGCGGCUUCAAAAACACAGUCGGAUUCCCCCAGUCCGUGCCAGUUCUGAGUUGAUCGUUGAAUGGCGGCCGAAGAGAAUCCGCGCCACCGGCGCGCCCCCGGAGGAGCACGCUAAGGCGGACGCGGCCUCGCAGCAAGGAAGAUCCGUGGGAGGCCAAGGCACGGGACCGAGCUCGGAUCCUGCACGCAGGUUGAAGCACCGGGGCGCGAACGCCGCGCAGGCGCGCGCAUCCUGCACCGCCGGCCAGCACGAGGCCAACCAACGGCGAGAGCAGACCACGCCCGCGCUAAACGCCCGCACUUACCGGCACCCCUACGGCACUCACCUCGCCCAGGCCCGGCACGUUAGCGCUGACCCACUUCCCGACCAAGCCCGACACGCCCCGAUCCUCAGAGCCAAUCCUUAUCCCGAAGUUACGGAUCCAAUUUGCCGACUUCCCUUACCUACAUUAUUCUAUCGACUAGAGGCUCUUCACCUUGGAGACCUGCUGCGGAUAUGGGUACGAACCGGCGCGACACCUCCACGUGGCCCUCUCCCGGAUUUUCAAGGUCCGAGGGGAAGAUCGGGACACCGCCGCAACUGCGGUGCUCUUCGCGUUCCAAACCCUAUCUCCCUGCUAGAGGAUUCCAGGGAACUCGAACGCUCAUGCAGAAAAGAAAACUCUUCCCCGAUCUCCCGACGGCGUCUCCGGGUCCUUUUGGGUUACCCCGACGAGCAUCUCUAAAAGAGGGGCCCGACUUGUAUCGGUUCCGCUGCCGGGUUCCGGAAUAGGAACCGGAUUCCCCUU